AUGGCUGCCGCACACGGGUCAACGACUCCCCCUCCGCCCUCCCGCAUCCACAGCCCUCCAACUCCACGCCUCGGAUACCAAGACAACUGGGAGCCAUUCACUCCUCGCAAAUCCGCCCGAAUUUCUGAACAGCGCGCAAACCGAACUCCUUCACCCGGCGCAUCUCGCCAACCACGAUCACCACGCACAGUCAAGAAGACCAAGUCCGUCGCUACCCCGAUGCCUUCUCCGCAAAAGAAGCGCCAGCCUGCUCUUGACGCUGUGCGUCGUGCUCCUAUCAACAUGGGCGAAAGUUCUCAAGCCGCUCUCAGCAGACCUGCCUCUUCGGCCAUUCGAUCAGCUGGCAUGCUUCCCACGCCUUCCAAGACUCCUCAGAAGCCCCCUAAUGAGAAAACUGCCGCCAACAUCAAGUCCGUCGCCCGCAAUCUCUUUGCCGAGUCUGAAGUGAUUGCCAGCCCUAAGAAGCGACGCACCAAGAAGUACACUGGCAUUUCCAUGGAGAGCUUCACUGCGGAGGAGAUUGAAGACCCUAUCGAAAUUUUCACCGACACUCGGGAUCGCAUCCCUACCCGAGAUGAGAGUAGCAACCCUUUCUUCGGCGACGCCCCAGAGCCCGAGCCCAGCAAGCGAGGCAAGCGCAAGGUCAAGGUUCCCGGAGAGGGUAUCAAGACUAUUGACGAGGCAUCUCGCCGCGAAGACGGAAUGGUUUACGUAUUCCGUGGAAAGAAGUUCUUUCGCAAGUUUUCUGAAUAUGAGGCAGAGGAUUUGGAUGAACUCCAAGCCGAUGAGGAAGAUGUCGAGGCUUACCUUAACCGACCUCUUACUCGUGCUUCCAUCAAGCCUCGCCUUCUUUUCCAAAAGACAAAGACAAUGGAGGAGAUUGAAGAGGAAGAGGCUGUGACUGACGUCGAGGAUGAGCUGGAACAAGAGCAAGCACCAGAGAUUGUUCCCCAGACACCACAAAAGUCUCGAUCCAAGGAGCGUGCCAGCACUCCCGAAGCACCCAAGCUUCCCGUGUCACCACCAGACACUCGCCGAAUUACGCGAUCCAUCAACAAGCUUUUGGACGAGGGAACGCCCAUCAAGGCCCCUGGGCAACGAAGCCCAUUCGACUCCUGGCGACGAACCAAGGAGCCCAACAAAGAGUCACGCAAGCGAGCGGGCGAAUCGCUCAGCCCAACGGAAGCCAAACGCACCCGAGUUUAA